AUGCGGAAGAUGCAGAACCCGCCAGGCUCUGAGCUUCAACCUCCUAACACCUCCCAGAACUUCCCCAGCCUGGAUCCAGAGUUUCCUGACCUUUCCCGGGUUCCUGUCUGCUACCAUGACCUUAAGGAGGUUUUUAGCAAGGCCCGUGCCAUAUCCUUGCCUCUACACCAGGCCUAUGACUGCGCCAUUGACCUGCUCCCUGGAACUUCACCACCCAAGGACAUCUCAAUCUUCUCCCCUGAUGAGCAAACUCAUAUUCAGUGCGUCCGGCGGGUCCUCCAGCGCCUCCUCCACCACCAACUCUUUGUCAAAGCUGAGAAGGGUGAGUUUCACGUGCCCUCCGUGUCUUUCCUGGGGUUCAUCAUGUCUGAGGGGGAGGUCAGGAUGGACCCAGAAAAGUGUGCCUAUGGAUAUCAACCUCCUCUCUUCCCUGCCCUGGAGAGGGAGGCCAGUGUGCCCUCUGCGCUGGCUCUGGUGCGCCGCUGUUGCCACACCUGGGCCCGGGCCCGACGCACCCUAAUCCGCAAUUCUGAGCGUUGCAAGAAGGCGGCUGACCGACGGUGGAUCCCUGCCCCCACUUACAGGAGCAGCCAGAGGUGUGCCACUGGAGGAGAUGUCACCAACCAAGAAAGAAAACACAGGCAACCUCUCAUCCAGAUGGGCAGGUUUAAAUGUAGCGCCUUCAACUGCGAAAACUCUAACCUGUCUGAUGUCAAGUUUUUUAAGUUCCCGCUGCACAAUCGUGCGAAACUUAAAAAAUGGCUCAUCAAAAUGAAGUGGAAGGACUGGACUCCAUCUCGUUUUUCUGUCUUGUGCAUAAACCACUUUGAAGAGCAACACAUUGACAGAACCGGCAGGUUCAUAAAGCUUCGGCCAGAUGCGGUCCCCACCAUAUUCUCCUUCCCGGAAAAAGGUAACUGGAAGCCAUUCACGCCCGAAGCCUCACAGACAAAACCAGCUCAUGAUCAAUCAACAGCAAAAGAAAAGCCAGAUGUUCAUAACCAACAGUCAAGCCAAACAAACGAAGUGGGGACUAAUGAACCUGUUGAUGGCCUAAUGAAAUCUACCAGAUGGAGUAUCUUAAUGGAUGAAUCUCUGGCAAAGAUAGAAUCCUUUCCGUAUUUCUUCCAUGGGGAUUACUGUAUACCACAGGACAUUCAAUGGGCUGCAGAUGAUCAUUUGAUUAUGGAGUGUGAAGAUCCUGACAAGAUCAUAGAGGUGAAAGAGCCCUGGCAGUGGCUCAGCCUGGAUGUCAGGGGACCUUUGCCCUUAACGCUGAAUGGGCACACAUUCAUUUUGACUGUGACAGACUACUAUUCCAAGUGGGUGGAGGCCGUGCCCAUGCAAUCUUGCCUCUCUUCCCAUAUCACAAAACAUAUCAUGGACAUCAUCUCCCACUUUGGUUACCCAUUCAGAAUCCUGUCUCGGCUUCCUCACGACAUAGUAGGAAAGAUCAACACAGACUUGAGAGAAAAACUGAAGAUCCACAUGUCUCUAGUGGUCCAUCAUCAACAGACUGGGACCGCAGAUUGGGUCACCCAACGUUCAAUUGACAGGAUGGUGAAUGAGCUAAUAGAGCAGCAUUCCACCGAUUGGGAUGUCUUCCUCCCCGCCAGGGUUUUCAAUCUGUGCUUCAAAGAGCACUCAGAGACUAAGGAGAGGCCUUUUUCAAGGCUAUGCUGCAAGGAGCUACAGCCUGUCCAGACUCCCAGAGGACUGAAUCUCAGUUACAGCAAUGUCCGGGAAAGUACAUUUGUCAUCCGUUAGAUGUUUGAGAUGCAGGAUGUAUGGGAAAACUGGUUUUGGAAUGAUGCUGGAGGAAAAGAGGCCGUCACUCAAGUGUCACACAAGCAUCCACCCACCGCUGACUAAACUCCCACAGCAUCCUUUCCAUUCAUGAUGACCCAUUAAAUUUUUUUUAACUUUAUGUAAACUGUAUGUAGGACUUUUCCCAUUUUUUCAAGCACACAUUUACUCAAUACUUAUGCAAAUUUUUGUUUUUUUGUUCAUUUUUGUAUCACACUUUUUUAAGAUGUGAUGUACUUUGGUUGUCCUUGCUUUUGAAUUAGGAGGAAACAGGAUUUAGGUACUCCAAAUAUGUGUAAAGAAAGCUAUUAUGAAUUUAAAAGUUGCAACAGACUGUACAAGUUACAUCAGAAAACCAGUGAUUUAAUCAAGACUACUUCAGAGGUGCCAACAUUGAAAAGUUGAAAACCAAACAGCAAGGGUGAAAAACCAGAAUUUGCCCAUAAAAACCAGAACAUGGUCCUCGGUGGUGAAGUGAACUCAAAAAAAGUACCUCAGACCAUUCUAAUGUAUUGUCGUUGAUUUGUUAUUUAUUUCAAAUGUGCAUUUGAAAGGGUCAAACAGCAGUCGGUGAAUUAGGCUAGAACUACUACAUCAAGUACUGUACAUUAAAUUACUGUAUAUUUGCUCCACUACAAGGCACAGCACUGUUCCUUUAAAUUGGAUGCUAUUAGACAGUUUUCCAAGGUAAGAGAAAAGCUAAAAUUUUUUUAGGGUGGGUUUAACCAUCACUUUACAUAGGGAAUUCCUUAUAGACUAUUAGAUGACAUUAGGUCAGUAUUUACAUCGAUCAGCCACAUUAAAAUCACCUGCUUAAACCAGUUUUUUCAUGAUUAAAAAUGCUUUAAACUGUAUAAACGUGUCUAUAAACACUUAAUGUUUCAUUAUAUGAUAUGUGUACUUAUAUUGUGUGUACUUAUGUGUACUUUUACUCUUGAGACCCAGCAAUUCAUUUUUGUCCACUGUAGUAGACGUAGCGUUUUUGCUCAUAUCUCUCAUACUAUACAUGCCACUGUAUUCAGUCCUGUUUUCCCCUAAAGAGGACAACUGUGCUUUUAAAAUUACAUCACAUGUGGGGGAGUUGUCUACUACAGUGAACAUGUAAAAUUUGAACAAAAUCAAGUUUUAACAUGUUUUUCUUUGCAAUGUGUGUUUUACCACCCCAACACUUAAUUAAUAUACAAAAAAUAGAAAUUAAACAUUAUUUUUCCUGGUUCUCAGGAGGCUACGCAGAUAAUCAUAAGUGAAUUGCAUUCUAAAGUUAAAUUUUAAAAUGAAAAUGGA